AUGUCCGACGACGAAGUCGACCAUGAACUGCUCGAACUUUUGCGACAGUCGCUACUCGGACCCAAGCCGCAACUCGACGACAUCGGAACCGAUACGAAAGUGUUGCGACAUGCAGAAUUUAUCUAUGACAAUAGUAUUGAUGUGAACAUUGAUGCCCGUGGCACCAAAGCUGCUGCCCGGUUGAUCUGGGAGCAGAUGCAGGAGCGCAGCUACAGCACCGAAACUUGGUCUGAACAUGAUUUGCAUCCAAAAGCAAAGGAUGAAGCUACUCUCAACUUCAUCUUCGUUAUGGAUCUCUUGAACUUCAGCUUCUGGAGUGAAAAGCCUGAGACUGAGAGAUAUGCCGUCGAAUAUCGUGAUAAGACAUGGACUGGUUACUGGAGUCUGGUAGCUUGUCUGCAAAGAGCUCUUGAAGAGGGUAAGUGGUUUUAUCAUCGUUCUCUCUCCUGCAUACGAGGAGUCACUCGUUUUCAUAUCUCGAAAACUCAGUCAAGUUCCAUUGCUUGUUGUUUUUUUGUUCUUACCUUAUUACAGNAUAUUCCUGUCACAAGUCCUUCCUUCUAUGCCGAUGAGAUGGAAUGUCCAGACGAGAAACUUGCAUACGUUUUCCGCUCGUCGACCGGAGAGGAGAUACCUUUGCUACAGGAAAGGAUUCAGUGUCUGCGUGAAGCCGGUCAAGUCCUCGAAGAUGUAAGCUCACAUCUCAUUCUGCCCUUUCUCUCCACUAACUGGUACAGANAAUUUGAGGGCAGCGUUGCCAACCUCGUCGAAGCAGCCAACAACAGCGCUGGCAAACUAGUCAACCUCCUCGCUCACAACUUCAAAUGCUUCCGGGAUGAAUCCACAUUCGAGAAGCGUACGGUUCGCAUCAUGAAAAGACCCCAAAUCCUUGUGGCCGACAUCUGGGCUGCAUUCAACGAAGAAAGCUAUGGCGAGUUCAACGACAUUGACAGUAUCACCAUGUUUGCUGGUACUUCUCCUCUGUAUUGCUUGAUCCCGGAUACUUGA